AUGUAUAGAAAAAUCGGGGGAAGCACAUCGCACGAAAUUGCCGUUUCAGCUGAAUGGAGCCUUGAGCUUGAGCUCGGGGCAGAGAAAAAGGAAAAGAGGAUGCACAGAGGAAGGAAAAGAAAAGAAGAGAGAGAGAGAUGGAGAGGAAGGGGAAAGAAAAAGAAAGAAAGAGAUGGCUCAGCCGCUCUGCGCACCCAGACUUACGAAUUCGUGCUCUUAGCAUGCUGCAUCCUGUACGAUGUUCGGCGCCCGGAGCAAGGCCCUGGGAGAGAAGCCCCCUCAGCCCUUGGUUACACCUUGACUGCUUCAACUGAGCUUUCUGCAGGAAAAAAGAAAGAAGCAUGCCUUUCUUACGGAAAAGACAUAUCUCGAAAUGCUACAAUGUGUAUCUCUCUCUUUGUGUGCCUGUCGUCUCACCUGCUACAACCGCAGCUUGUUCGGUCCUGGGCAAUCUCCAGCCUCGCAGCCCCGAACGAGAAACUUCUGCAAAGGUACAUCAUUGCAGAUGUUUACUUCUUCAGCCUUGUCCGCCUUGAGGAAGACAAGAAACUUCUACUAAUGGUAUGUUUUGCCCUUUUUAGCGAACGCCAUGAUUUUACAUAA